GCGCGCUCCUCCCCCCCCCACCCCCGCCCCCAACUCGCAGCUGACUAUUUUCUUCUCUUUUAAAAUUUUAACCCGUACCCACUUCGGCGGGGUCCCUGAGGACGAUACUCCCUAAGCCCCUAUCUACCAGUGGGCCACUCCCAGCUGAGUUUUAUUUUUCUGUCUUGCCCGGGCCAAGCCCGGCCAGGGCGGGUGGCUCAGCGGGGCUCGUACCCGGCGCUCCGCCGCCGCCGCCCAGCUGCGCGGGGGCGCCCUCCGGAGAUGCUGCCGUGGAAGAAACACAAGUUCGAGCUGCUGGCCGAGGCACCGCCACGGCAGGCGUCCAAGCCCAAGGGCUACGCGGUGAGCCUGCACUACUCGGCGCUCAGCUCGCUGGCGCGGGCGUGCCCCGAAGGCGCGCUCAGCCGGGUGGGCAGCAUGUUCCGCUCCAAGCGCAAGAAACUGCACAUCACCAGCGAGGACCCCACUUACACUGUGCUCUACCUGGGCAAUGCCACCACCAUCCAGGCGCGCGGCGACGGCUGCACUGACCUAGCGGUGGGCAAGAUCUGGAGCAAGAGCGAGGCGGGUCGUCAGGGCACCAAGAUGAAGCUGACUGUGAGCGCGCAGGGUAUCCGCAUGGUGCACGCUGAGGAGCGCGCCCUGCGCCGCCCGGGCCACCUCUACCUGCUGCACCGCGUUACCUAUUGCGUGGCAGACGCGCGGCUGCCCAAGGUCUUCGCCUGGGUAUACCGGCACGAGCUUAAGCACAAGGCGGUAAUGCUGCGCUGCCACGCGGUGCUGGUGUCCAAGCCCGAGAAGGCUCAGGCUAUGGCCCUGCUGCUGUACCAGACGUCGGCCAACGCGCUGGCGGAAUUUAAACGGCUCAAGCGGAGGGACGAUGCGCGUCACCAGCAGCAGGAGCUGGUGGGCGCGCACACCAUCCCGCUAGUGCCUCUGCGCAAGCUGCUCCUGCACGGACCCUGCUGUUAUAAGCCACCGGUGGAACGCAGCCGCAGCGCGCCUAAGCUGGGCUCCAUCACCGAGGACUUGCUCGGUGAACAGCAGGAGCAGGAGCUGCAGGAGGAAGAGGAAGAGGAGCACACGGAGAGCUGCCUGGAGGAGGAGGAGGAGGAGGAGGCGGCGGACGGUGCCGAGGAGGGGGACGCGGCGGCGGAAGAGGCCGAGGCGCAGCGAGCGCUGGUGGUGGCUAUGCACUUGGAAUGCGGGGACUUGCUGGACACGCUGGAAAGUGGCCGCGAGGAGGCACUAGGGGGCGGCGGGGUCUCCCUGGGCCCUGGGGCUGGGCCGCCGCCUCUGCUGCUGGGCAGCGCCUCGGACAUGAAGGCCGAGCUGUCUCAGCUUAUUAACGACCUGGGAGAACUCAGCUUCGGCAACGACGUGCGCAGCCUGCAGGCCGACUUGCGGGUGACGCGCCUGUUGUCCGGCGAGAGUACCGGCAGCGAGAGCUCCAUCGAAGGCGGGGGCCCGGACGCCACCUCCCCUGCUACCGCAGCGGACCUGUCAGGCCCUAACGACGGCGCCAACCCAGAGGAGCCCCACUCGGGUUGAGAUCUCAGCAGCCCCCUGUGCGCACCCCUCGCGCCCCACCAUGACUCCUCACCUGUCUUUUGGACCACACCCAUCUCCUCCGUCCCCCGCCCGUCCCCAGGAAAGGGGAAAUGGGACACUUGAGGCCCAGAGUUGCCCUGGCCCUCUCCUUCAGCACACUUGGCUCUGUUUGAAGCGGGGCUCAGGUUGCGUGUGGAGAUGUGCGAGGGGUCAGACUGCACCGAGGGAGAGAGAGACAGGGCUGGGGGCGUGGGGGUGGGGGGCGGGCGGACGGUGAGAAAAGGGCCCGCUGGUUAGCAAGGGAUGCCUGCCGGCUGGCCAGUUUCCUGUUUGUGGGGCAGCUGGGGCCUGAGGAAGAGUUAAUUUCCUCCCCCGACCGGACCCAGUAACAGGGAGCGGCCUAGCGCUGUCAUUGACAUGUCAUUAAAAAACAUGGUUUUUUUU